AGUCACUCCUCUUUUCUGUACUUUACUAGCUUGCUUUGACACUAAUUCUCUUUACCAAAAAUCUUCAUAGCUUAUCUUUUUCAUUAAUUAAAUAAGUUACCUUCAUUUAUUUUCUUUCCUUCAAAUUUUUGUUUACAUACAUUGCUGGUUCUUUUUUAUUGUUUGUUUGCUGGGAAAAGGGAAGAUGGAAAUGGUAUGUGUUGGGUUGUUAAAAGGUCUUUAUUAAGCAAGCAAAUGGGUUUUGCGAGUUGGGGGAUGGUAUGUGUUUGGUUGUUGUUGGUUUUGACUGUGCCGUUUUCUGCUGGAAUGACUGACCCUCGUGAUGUUUCAGCAAUAAAUAGCUUAUAUACUUCUCUGGGUUCCCCACCUCUCCUUGGGUGGAUCCCUGUUGGAGGAGAUCCAUGCGGGGAAGAAUGGCAGGGCGUUUCAUGUGUCUUCUCGAAUAUUACAGAACUACAACUAAAUGGCUUGAAUCUGGGAGGAGUUUUGGAUGAAGGCAUUGGAGGCUUCGAAUCAAUAUUAGUAAUGGAUCUAAGUCACAAUCAAAUUGGAGGGAGUAUACCAUCCAACUUGCCUCUCACCAUCAGAAAUUUUUAUCUUUCUGGUAAUCAGUUCAAUGGGAGCAUCCCUGCUAAUUUGUCUUCCUUAACACAACUAACAGAAUUGUAUUUGGAUGAUAACCAUUUAACUGAAGAAAUACCAGAUUCUUUUCAACAGCUUAAGGGUUUGAUCAAUUUGGAUCUAUCAGGAAAUAAUUUGAGUGGUCUGUUGCCUCCCUCAUUUGGGAACUUAUCAUCUCUUACCACAUUGCACCUGCAGAACAAUAAACUUUCUGGGAUCCUUGAUGUUCUACAGGAUCUUCCCCUUUUGGAUUUGAAUGUAGAGAACAACAUAUUCUCUGGUCCUACACCACCGAAGUUGCUGAAUAUUCCAAAUUUCAGGAAAGAUGGAAAUCCCUUCAAUACUACCAUUCUUCCUUCACCACCACUACCAGCAGCACUCCCUCCAUUUAUAGCCAGGGCCCCUUCUCCUGUAGAAGGAUCUAAGGAACCAGCUGGUGGACCUUUUAGCCCCAAAUUACCUCAGUGGGCAAAGGCAAGAAAAUUUUGGACAAAUAAGAGGGUUAUUUGGAUUGCUGCUGUAGGGCUUAUAGCACUCGUUGUUUUAGGAGGGUUGCUGCUUUUGGUGUGGAGAUGCUGUAAAGGGAACAAAAAUUCUGACAGGCAUGGUGUGAAUGCACAUAAGGGCCCUAGUGAGAAUCUCAGCCAAAUUAAUAAAUCAUCAUCUCAACCAACUUAUCAAACGGAGAAAGUUGCUAAAGAGGCAGUCACGAAGCCAGGGGAUGGAAAUGGACUAGAAAGUGGAGGAAUGGGAGUAAGUUUGAAGGUACAAGAACAAUUUCUUGAUGUAACUACAAUGCCUGCUAGUUUGAGGCCCAAGAAAAAUCAUGAGAUAAACAUGGGAGGCAUGGAUGUGAAGUCCAUGUCCUUGCAGCGACCACUACCUCCUCUAUUUCCCCAUGUGGAGGACAGUAUAAGCCCAAUCAUGCCAGCAGAAGUAAAUGGAGGUGGUCGCUCUUCUAGAGGUCAGGACUCAUGUUCUUUGAAUGUGAGCGCCUUCACCAUUGCAUCACUUCAGAAGUAUACAAGCAGUUUUGCUGAGGAAAAUUUUGUUGGAGAAGGCAUGCUUGGUAGUGUGUACAGGGCUGAGCUUCCAGAUGGAAAGUUACUUGCCAUCAAGAAACUGGAUACUGGAGCUUCCAGGUGGAAGAAUAAUGCUGAAUUUCUUGAACUAAUGUCUACUAUCUCUAAACUUAAGCAUCCUAACAUUGUGGAGCUUGUGGGUUACUGUAAUGAGCAUGGGCAACGGUUACUUGUGUACGAGUAUUGCAGAUACGGGACACUGUAUAAUGCAUUGCAUGUUGAUGAUGGGAUCCAUACGAAACUUUCAUGGAAUGCACGUGUCCAAGUGGCACUGGGAAUUGCAAGAGCUCUACAGUACCUGCAUGAUGUCUGUCAGCCACCCAUUGUGCACAAGAAUAUCAAGUCUGUUAAUAUUCUCCUUGAUGACAAGCUUGCAGUUCAUGUCUCAGAAUGCGGUUUGGCUCCUUUGUUGUCCUCUGGCUCUGCAAGUGAGUUUUACGGCAGCCUCUUUGUAUCCUACGGUUAUGCAGCCCCAGAAAUUGAGUUUGGAAGUUAUACUUGCCAGAGUGAUGUCUAUAGCCUUGGAGUUGUAAUGUUAGAACUUCUCACAGGGCGAGAAUCCUUCGACAGGUCACGACCUCUGGGAGAGCAAUUUCUUGUUAGAUGGGCAAUACCACAGCUUCAUGAUAGUGAUGCAUUAGCUAGGAUGGUUGAUAUCGCUCUAAAUGGAGCAUAUCCAGUGAAGUCAUUGUCACGCUUUGCUGAUAUAAUAUCUAGAUGUGUACAGUGGGAGCCAGGAUUCAGACCGCCAAAAUCUGAAAUCGUCCAGGAUCUUUUGCAUAUGAUUUAGAGGCGAAUCUUUAGCAAUUUGGUUAUAUAAUGAAUGUUUCAUAGAAGAGAUGUCAGCUUGAGAGAGUGAUUAACUACAAGAUUAAAAGUUCAAUCUGAUGAAUGAAACUCUCCAAGAAGGUACUUAUUGCUUGAAGCAGCAGCUUAUCCGAUGCAUUCUGUAAUAUUUAUCUGCAGUUUAUAGUGAAGGAUUAGUCGCGUUAGAAAUCUCAAAGGCGAUCUAACAGCAAAUUCUUUCAGGCCUCCCCCGUUUUGUUUUUGUUUUUGUUUUUUUUUUUUAUUCAAUGGGGAGGUGCUAAUGUU